AAUUAGUAUUCUUCUAGAUCCCCGAGUCCCGAAAGCCAGCCAAGAACGCGAACGCGAACGCGAAUGCGAUUUCGAUUGCGAAUGCUCCGUCGAGACUCUCUCCUGAUCGGCUCCCAACUGCGCCGACCUCUCUGCCUGCCGUUUUCUCUCGCCAGAGUUGUACCAAUUCGAGCUUCGAUUGGACCCUCCGUUGCGCGAUGAAUCAGGAAUCGAUUGCGCCGACGAGAGAUUUGAUCCUUGGAUUAUCGAUAUCCGCGAUUCGCCAUAUCCCCGGCGCUGUGCAGGUUUGUGACCUCGAGUCUCAGCGAAACUAUACGCAUUGAUGUGUCUCCAAUUUUGAUUUCGAGUUUCUGCCUAUUUGGAUAUCUUGAUUAACGCUUUGGGAGAAAAUUCGUGCCUUCUUUGGUUGGGGGAAGGAGUUGUUGCUGAUUGAGGUCUCGAUUGGGGGUAAAUUGUUAAUUGUUCUUCGUUUUCCUCCGCGCGAUGGGCGAUGAUAACGCGAUGGAUGCGAAUAAUUUCAUUGAUCUUGAUUUGAACCAACACCCUAACCCUCCUCUACCGUCGGAUGAAUUUCCGGCGACUCGUAUGAUGGUAGUGGACAGAUUCCGUCAGAUUUCAGGCGUUACAGCUCGUGCGAGGCUGCACCAAAGGAGAAGAGCCGGGACAAGUUCUAUGGAAAUCACUCGACAUUCUGACGAAAACCUAGAUUCCGACACAGGCGUUGGAAUCGGAAUCGGAAUCGACAAUUCAGAGAUGGUGAUUAGAACGCCGGAAAAUGGGAAAGAUUGUAAUAGGAAAAGGUCUCAUUUGGUAGCAAAGGCAUUGGAGAUGGAGUCUGAAGUGAAGAAGAAGAAGGCUGAUAAGGGUGAUGGUGGAAGCUUUUACGAUUGCAAUAUCUGUUUGGAAUUGGCUAAGGAUCCAAUCUUGACCUGCUGCGGCCAUUUGUACUGCUGGUCGUGUUUCUACCGCGUUUCAGACGUCGAUUCGACUUCCAAAGAGUGUCCAGUUUGCAAAGGGGAGGUAUCCGACACAACGAUAAUUCCUAUUUACGGAAAUGGCGACAGCGAGGCCGUGAACGAGACACCCGACGGGCUGAUAAUACCUCCGAGGCCUAAGGCUCGCAGAGUCGAGAGCGCAAGGCAGCAACGAGUGACGCGCAGGAUGUCGCACGUACCCGUCGCCGAAGCCCUCCGACGGAUUCGAAUGAGCAUUGGUGCCACUGGCGGUGACACGGACGCGCCGGGACGGCAAUCGGGGGAAGCAGCCAGCGCUCGUCACAUAAGGAUCCAUCAGGUCUCGAGAGUGCUGUCGGAAAGUGCUGCGUCGCUUGCGACGCUCUCGUCUGCCUUGACUAGUGCAGAAAGGCUUGUAGAAGACCUCGAAACGGUGAUUAAUAACGGUGCUCAAAGAAGCGAUCUGCCGCCUUCGCCGGAUGAAUUGGCGAAUCGGAUCAUCGAGCAUUCCUUUGGCUCACAACCUGUCAAUCCCGACAUAAAUGCCACAUUGCCCGGUUCUUCGUCUUUGCAACCAACUGAUGUUUCUGAUUCUUCCGGACAGGGUUCUGGAAGGGAUACUUUGUCUACGUUUAUACUUCCUCCUGCGUCUCGUUAUUCUCUUCGUAGACGGAAUAUUUUUCUGAGGACUCAAUAUGGAAGCCCUCCGGACAGCCAGGGAUCUUCUAGAAGGAGAAGAUUGAACUGACUGAGAGAUAUUUGGUUGAUGAUUAAUGUCGAGACAAGGCAUGAUGAUAGCUAUAAAUGAAGCAUGAGAAUGAAGGCAUGAUUGACUCCAUUUGCCAUGUGAUCGAACCUACUGCAUUGAAGUUCUUCCGAAUCUAAUUAGUCGAAUUAAUGUCCAGGAUAGAUCGAAUCUGCUACGAAUUCGCAUUAGAUGCCAUUAAUUUCCGAUUGUUUGUAGCAAUUAUGCAAAGAUGCAAUCUUUUCUCAUCCUAAAUCUACACUUCAUCAUCCUUUCUGUGCUUCCAAUUCCAUUAUAGAUUAUCUCUUGAGCAUCCAUUGAUUUCUCAUCAUUCUUUGUUUGGAGCUGUGCAAUAAUGAAAGUCUUGUUGUUGCAUGAAUCCAUCUUCUACACAGAGUGAAGUGCAGCUUUCCAUGUCUUGUUCAGUUGCUGGUAAUGUCUCUCUCUCUCCCUCUCUCUCUCUCUCUCUAUCUCUCUAUUAAUGAUGGUCAAGGAAGCAAGAAAGCACCUGUGGAAUUGGGGGAGUAUGUUGAAAAAAAAAAAAGCUGAAAUGAUCAAUGAAUGGGACUAUAAUUUGGCAUUGCAGAAGUAGCAGUAGCAGUAG